GAGCCAAGCAGCUGGUGGGCACGGGGUCACAUUUUACGGAUUGGUGGGAUGAAAUCUGGCACCCACCCACAUCCUCAAAACCUGACCAUGUCCCUCCUUCCUCUGCCCUAGGAGUGACCCACCCGUGACUCCACGAGGAUCCCGGCUGUGGAGCCCCAGCUGUGAGCAGCAGGCUCAGGACAGCGUGCCCAGGACAGCAGUGGCACAGCGUGGCACAGCCUCCCCUGGUCGCCACCAUGCCCAUCCUCAAGCAGCUCGUGUCCAACUCCGCGCACUCCAAGCGCCGCUCACGGGCUGACCUGACGGCCGAGAUGAUCAGCGCUCCCCUGGGCGAUUUCCGCCACACCAUGCACGUGGGGCGAGCCGGGGACGCCUUUGGGGACACCUCCUUCCUCACCAGCAAGGCCGGGGAGCCGGUGCCAGAGGUGGGAGAGGAGCCGGGAGCCUCCAAGCCCAGCCUGCUGUCCCGGCGCUUCCGCAGCAGCAAGCGCUCGCAGUCGGUGACACGCGGGGACAGGCGGGACAUGCUGGGCUCGCUGCGGGACUCGGCGCUCUUCGUCAAGAACGCCGUGUCCCUGCCCCAGCUCAACGAGAAGGACGUGGACAGGAGCGCGGGGCAGCUGCCCAAGAGCCUCUCCUCCAGCCCCGUGAAGAAGCUGCCCGAGGAGAUGAGCCCCGAAGAGCAGCAGCGCCCGAACGGGGCGGCCGCGGGGCCGCUGAGCCCCGGCUUGGACGAGCGCGACUUCGGGGACAUCACAGAGCUGCCCGUGGUGGUGGCCAAGGGCGGGGCGGGCUUGAAGCACGCCGAGUCCAUCAUGUCCUUCCACAUCGACCUGGGGCCCUCCAUGCUCGGGGACGUGCUGAGCAUCAUGGAUAAGGAGCAGUGGGAGCAGGAUGAAGAUCCCGAGGCGGAGAGCCGCGAGGAGCAGGAGGAGGAGGAGGAGGAGGAGGGCGAGCCUGCCCCGCCUGGCUCCCCGCUGGUGGCCCCGCCGAGCCAGAGCCCGGCCCGCGGCGCUGGUGGCCGCAGCCCCAGGGACAGCAGUCCGGUGUCCAGCUGCACCUCGGGGCCCGAGGAGCGCAGCCCUGUCCCCAGGCCUCCGAGCCAGCGGGGAGGGGCCCUGAAACGCCCCGACAAGGAAUUCUCGUUCGCUGAUGAAGAUGAUGAUGAGAUCCGGGUAUAAGGGCGGGCGGCCGCGCCGAGGGUCUCGUUCUCACCGCGGUUGUUUGGACACAGGGAUGAACACUCCAACUGGUGGCACUGGGGAAGACUGGACUCCUCUCCUGCCUCGUUCCCUCUCUGUGCUGCAGCAGGACAGCUCUCUGCUCCCGGGGCUGUUCCUGAUGUCUGGCAGCCCCCAGAGAGCUGCAGCACUUCCUGGGAGGGGGAAGCAGACUCCAUUUUGGUUCUUUCUGCUGGACUUUGGAUAUUAGCUCCUUUCUCCUGCCCCCCUGCCCGUGUAAAGCGAUUUAGGAUCCAACAAGACGAGCCUUUGGAGUUUUAGCCCCUUUAGUAAUAUAUGUAUAUUUUCCGCCGUACA